CAGGCAGGCAGGUACAGGUAGGCAGCCGUGGUGCAACGCAGAGUCGUGAGAGCGGUUCCUCUUGAGCACCACCGAGCAACGAGAACCACGCGAGUGCCCCGCGGCCGACCCACCUACGAAUUCGGCUCAAAGGCCCACCCGGCGGGCCCUCGACCCCGCCAUGCCGGCCCUCAAGGGGCUCCUCUUGCUGCUGCUGCUGGUGUCCUCCGCCUCCGCAGCCAAUCUGCAGAGCUACUCGGAGCGACAACGCUACGAUGGCUGGUUCAACAACUUGGCGCACCCGGACUGGGGCUCGACAGAGAGCAGACUCACCAGAAAGGUGACCCCAGCUUACUCAGAUGGUGUCUACAUGCUGGCUGGCCAGCACAGACCCAGCCCUAGGAUUCUAAGUCAGCUUUUUAUGAAGGGAGAGGAAGGUUUACCGUCCCUGAAAAACAGAACUGCCCUCCUUGCCUUUUUUGGUCAGGUCGUCUCAGGUGAGAUUCUGAUGGCCAGCGAGAGUGGGUGCCCGAUCGAGGUGCACAAGAUUCCAAUCGAGCGGUGCGACGAGAUGUACGACACUGAGUGCCGCGGUGACAAGUACAUUCCGUUCCACCGGGCCGGUUACGAUAAGAGCACCGGCCAGAGUCCAAACAGUCCUCGGGAGCAGAUGAACCGCAUGUCCAGUUGGAUCGACGGCUCGUUCAUUUACAGCACCUCCGAGGCGUGGGUGAACGCGAUGCGCUCCUUCCGAAACGGCUCCUUCCUCACAGCGGCCGCCGAGCCGAUUGCCAGUGCCACCAACAACACCAAGGAGGAGCAGGACAAGGACGAGGCGGACGCCGCCAGCAUCGAACUCUCCAUGCCUCCGAAAAACCACGCCAGAGUGCCGCUGUUCAACUCUCCGGCGCCCCAUGUGCUCCGGAUGUUCGACCCUGAGAGACUUUUCUUGCUGGGUGAUCCUCGAACAAACCAGAAUCCGGCUUUGCUGUCGUUUGGAAUUUUGUUCUUCCGCUACCACAAUGUGAUUGCAUCAAGGGUGCAGGAGGAAAACCCGGACUGGCCAGACGAGGAAGUCUUCCAAAGGGCCAGGCGGAUUGUUAUUGCCACUAUGCAGAAUAUCAUUAUGUAUGAAUACCUGCCGGCUUUUUUGGGAAAAGAGGUGCCUAAGUACAAAGGUUACAACAUGGACGUCCACCCAGGAGUGAGCCACGUUUUUCAGAGUGCAGCUUUCCGCUUUGGCCACACUCUUAUUCCACCUGGUAUUUUGAGGAGAAACACCAAAUGCGAGUUUAGGAAAACGUCUAUGAACUACGAAGCUAUCAGACUCUGCUCGACUUGGUGGGAUUCAAAUGAUGUUCUGGCUGCCAGCACAGUGGAGGAGCUCGUUUUGGGAAUGUCCUCGCAAAUUGCUGAGCGGGAAGACUCGAUUUUAUGCUCAGAUGUAAGAGACAAGCUGUUCGGCCCCAUGGACUUUUCUCGACGCGAUCUUGGCGCCCUGAACAUCAUGCGUGGCCGUGACAACGGCCUUCCGGACUACAACACCGUCAGACAUGCAUUCCACCUGCCCAAAAUCAGCAACUGGACCGAUAUAAACCCAGUUUUGGCCAAAGAGAAACCGGAGCUGAUUGAGAAACUAAAGGAAGCUUACAGCGGUCGUCUUGACGACAUUGACCUCUACAUCGGAGGCAUGUUGGAAAGCCAAGACGGUCCUGGUCCCCUCUUCUCAGCCAUCAUCAUUGACCAGUUUUCUAGGAUCAGAGACGCUGAUCGGUUUUGGUUCGAAAAUGAAGAUAAUGGAAUUUUCUCAAAAGAAGAAAUUGCGGAAAUUCGGGGAAUCACCAUGUACGACGUCAUAAUUAACAGCACUUCAAUUAUGCCUGAAGAUAUCCAGAAGAAUGUAUUCUUCUUCAAAGAUGGGGAUCCGUGUCCGCAGAAGAUGCAGAUUGAGCCAAAGGUGUUGGAGAAGUGCAAGUACCUGAAGGGGUAUGACUACUUUGAGGGAAGUGAACUAGUGUACAUUUAUGCUUGCGUCUUCCUCGGCUUUGUGCCCAUCCUCUGCGCCGGAGCUGCCUAUGGCGUUGUCAAGCUGCAGAACGGCAGACGGCGUCGGCUGAAAAUGCGGCAGGAAGAAAAUGACAAGGGCAAGAGUGUGGACAAAAUGGCUGUGAAAGAGUGGCUGCACAUCAACCACAAGCGUGUGGUCAAACUCAAAUUUGGACCUGAGCAGUCCCUUUACACUGUAGACAGAAAGGGAGAAAAACUCCGUAAGGCAGACUUUGCUGGAUCGGACACUAUUACUGUUGAGGAAACGGCAGACACUAGGAAGAAACCGAUGGUCCUCAUCAGAGUGCCGAAGGAUCAUGAUUUGGUGCUCGAGUUUGACACUUUGGCCCUGCGCAAGAAGUUCAUGAACAAGCUGGAGAUGUUCCUCACCUCGCACAAGAUGAAACUCGAAGUGAUCCCUGCAGCCAGGGAGCAAGUGUUGGCACACGCUGAGACCAGGGAAAGGCGCCAGAAGCGUCUGGAGCACUUCUUCAGGGAGGCCUACGCCUUGACCUUUGGCCUCCGACCUGGCGAGAAGCGUCGUCUUGAGGAUGUCACCAGUGACGUCAUGAUGGUCAUGCGCACCUCUCUGUCCAGAGCCGAGUUUGCCUCUGCCCUUGGAAUGAGAUCUGACGCUGUUUUUGUGUGCAAAAUGUUCCAAAUUGUCGACAAGGACGGAGACGGCAGAAUUUCUUUCCAGGAAUUCUUAGACACCGUGGUCCUUUUCUCCAGAGGACAAACCGAUGACAAGCUGCGUAUCAUUUUCGACAUGUGUGACAAUGAUCGCAAUGGAGUCAUCGAUAAAGGAGAAUUGUCGGAAAUGCUGCGUUCGCUGGUCGAAAUCGCCAAAACCACAAGUCUUUCAGACAACAGCGUCACCGAACUCAUUGAUGGAAUGUUUUCUGAUGCUGGUCUUGAGCACAAAGAGCAUCUCACUUAUCAAGACUUUAAGGUAAUGAUGAAGGAGUACAAGGGCGACUUUGUGGCAAUUGGUCUCGACUGCAAAGGCGCCAAACAGAACUUCCUGGACACCUCAACCAAUGUGGCCAGAAUGACAUCCUUCCAUGUCGACUCAACCAUGCAUGAAGGUCGGAGGAAUUGGGUGUUCCGUCAGUGGGAUGCCCUCACCACCUUUUUGGAGGAAAAUCGGCAGAACAUAUUUUAUUUGUUUGUUUUCUACGUCAUCACUGUGGCUCUAUUUGUUGAGAGGUUCAUUCAUUACUCUUUCAUGGCUGAGCACACAGAUCUUAGGCACAUCAUGGGCGUUGGAAUUGCCAUCACCCGAGGCUCAGCUGCCUCCCUGUCGUUUUGUUACUCGCUGCUUUUGCUCACCAUGUCCAGAAACUUGUUGACCAAACUCAAAGAGUUCCCAGUGCAGCAGUACAUUCCGCUGGACGCGCACAUCCAGUUUCACAAAAUUGUAGCCUGCACUGCUCUGCUGUUCUCCGUCAUUCACUCAGUCGGACACAUUGUCAAUUUCUACCACAUCAGCACGCAGCCCAUCGAGCAUCUCAGAUGUCUCACCAGAGAAGUCCACUUUGCCUCAGACUAUCGGCCUGGCAUUUCCUUCUGGCUCUUCCAAACUUUGACAGGUCUGACCGGAGUGAUGCUAUUUAUUAUAAUGGUGAUCAUUUUCAUUUUCGCCCACCCUGUGAUUCGCAAGCGCGCCUACAACUUUUUCUGGACCACCCACUCCCUGUACAUAGCCCUUUACGUCCUCUGCCUGUUGCACGGCCUGGCUCGGCUGACAGGCCCACCUCGAUUUUGGAUGUUCCUUAUUGUGCCUGGAACGAUUUACGUUCUGGAUAAGGUUGUUUCAUUGAGAACCAAAUUUAUGGAACUCGACGUCUUGGAAACGGAACUCUUGCCCUCCGAUGUGAUCAAAAUCAAGUUCUACCGUCCUCCCAACUUCAAGUACUUGUCUGGCCAGUGGGUUCGCUUGUCAUGCACGGCCUUCAAAAGCGAAGAGUUUCACUCGUUCACCCUCACCUCUGCUCCUCAUGAAAACUUCCUUUCGUGUCACAUCAAAGCUCAGGGCCCGUGGACCUGGAAACUGAGAAAUUUCUUCGACCCAGCCAACUUCACCCCUAACGAGGAUGACAAUCCAAAGAUAAGACUGGAAGGUCCAUUUGGAGGGGGUAAUCAAGAUUGGUACAAAUUUGAAGUUGCUGUGAUGGUCGGAGGCGGCAUCGGUGUCACCCCGUACGCUUCCAUUCUCAAUGAUCUUGUUUUUGGCACCUCUACCAACAGAUAUUCUGGCGUUGCUUGCAAAAAGGUGUAUUUCUUGUGGAUUUGUCCCUCGCACCGACAUUUCGAGUGGUUCAUCGAUGUGCUCAGAGAUGUGGAAAAGAAAGAUGUCACUUCAGUUUUAGAAAUCCACAUUUUCAUCACUCAAUUUUUCCACAAAUUUGAUCUGCGUACAACUAUGUUGUACAUCUGUGAGAACCACUUCCAACGCCUCUCCAACACCUCCAUGUUCACUGGUCUCAAAGCAGUUAAUCACUUCGGGCGCCCAGACAUGACUUCGUUCCUCAAGUUUGUGCAGCGCAAGCACAGCUAUGUCAGCAAGAUUGGCGUGUUCAGUUGUGGCCCGCGGCCGCUGACCAAAAGCGUGAUGACUGCGUGCGAGGAUGUGAACCGAGGACGCAAGCUGCCAUACUUCAUCCACCACUUUGAGAACUUUGGAUGAUUAUAAUAUUAUGCUAUUUUACUUCAUUCCCUUGGCUGUUUUGUAAAUAUUAGAUUUCCAAAUUACGUAAAUAUAGCUAUUUAAUAAAUAUACAAAUGAAACUUUUACACAAUGUG